GCAGAAGUGGGUGCCCUAAGCUGGUACACAUAUCUGGAUUCUAGCUGAGACCCCAGAUUUGCUGGGGACAGCGGCCAGGGAGACAGGACCAUGUGGCUGCCCCCAGCUCUGCUCCUCCUCUGCCUCCCAGGCUGUUUAUCUCUGACGGGCCCUGGCUCUGUGAACGGCAUCCUGGGGAGCUCUCUGAGCCUGCAGUGUCAGUAUGAGGAGGCGUACAAGGGAUAUAACAAGUACUGGUGCAGAGGACAAUAUGACACAGAAUGUCACAGCAUUGUGGAGACCAAAGGAGGGGAGAAAGAAGAGAGGAAUGGCCGUGUGUCCAUCAGAGACUCUGCUGACGACCUCACCCUAACCGUGACCAUAGAGAACCUCAGUGAAGAUGAUGCUGGAUCAUAUUGGUGCAAAAUUCAGACGAUAUGGAUCCUGGACAUAUGGUCUCGUGACCCCUCAGUUCCUGUCGAGGUGUACGUGAGCCCAGCAACUCCGACCCCCAGGGAGACCACAGUUCCAGCCACGACUCCCACCUUGCAGAGAGCGGACCCCAGCAUCGAGGAGGCGGCGGCCCAGUACCCAUGGUCCCUGCUCAGCAGUGUCCACUUCCUGCUUCUCAUCUUCUUGAAGGUUCCCCUGUUCCUGAGCAUGCUCAGUGCUGUCCUCUGGGUGAACAGGCCUCAGCAGGGCCCUGGGGGAAGACAGAGGCAGCUUGUCCAGGACCUCUGCAGCCCACCACCCCAGGAAUGCCCUCUGCGAGGCCGAAGCUCCUUCAGACUCUAGGAGAAGGACUUUCGACUCGACUCCAGGCUGGGGAGACGGCAGUCACCAGCUUCUAUAGGGACUUAUGCUCCUGUGCCUCAAAGGAGGUCCUGGGUCUUAGAGGACUCUUCUUUGCAGUCCUCAACAUGGAAGAGAGAAGGAAACUCUCCUGCACCCCUGUUUGCAGGGUCCUCUUUUCUCCUCCCAGGUCAAGUCUGCUUCCCAAGGGCAAGAAUUCUCUGGGAUUUUCAUGCUCAUGAACUCUGCCUGACACAAAAUUGUCUGAGGUCAGUUUCCCCAGGGAAUGAUCACCUCCUUCCUGCAGACAGGAGGCUCCCUGAGGACACACCGUACAGCCCGGUCUUUGGGCUCACAGGGCUCCAGCCCCUCCUCUAGGACGGCCCCAGGGGAUUUGGGUCCUGCUCCUGCAGCUUCCCACUUUCCUGAGCACUCGGUGUUCCUACAUCUCUUUGGGUGCUCUUGGGUCUCCCUGGGCUUUCAGCCUCUCUCUGUCUCUGAGACCAGGGAGCAAGUGGCUGGGCUCAGCACACCUGCCUAGGCUGGACAGGUUGGAGCAGCAGUGGGAGGUGGUGGCUUCCCCUAAUGUCACUCCUGGAAUUCCCCAACCUGGGGGAUCUCUGGUGCUCAGUGUUGGCCAAGAAUCCCCCUUUGUCCAUGACCAAGAGUCCAUCUGACUGAGACCGUCUGUCGGUAGUUAGUUCUUUCCCUAGGGGAAAAAGAGAGUUUUUCACAGGCAGGGUGCAGGGCCCAGAGGUGAGGGGAUUCUUCCUACCUUGGGAUGGAGCCAUGCCACAGUCACCACUGCGGGCCCCCAGUGCAGGAAGAGGCUCAGUUGGCUUGCUUGUCAAUCACUGCCCCCAGGAGGUUUGCAGGGAAGACUUGCACAAUCUGCCACAGCCAAAUGUCACCAUCUCCACUCAUUCCCUGCAUCUAGGCCAUCCCCUCCCUCCACCCCUGGGGACACCCCUGCCCUGAAGUAGUGACGCCAGUUUCCAGAGAAGGGACAUGUUCAGAGGAUCAGCAUAAAUGAAAGCAGAGUAGCAGGAAGCAAUCACUCUAACAACAGUGACUCAUGGAAGACCUACCAGCAGAUGAAGUGUGCUUUUCACACGAGAUUUUCAUGUUGUCUAAGCAGGCGAGCUAACCUAGAACUCAGGUGGAACACGUGGUGGAGGCUGAGGACUCGACUCUCACCCAAAUUUUCAUUUUUAUAUUUCUUCGAGGUGCUGGGGAUCGAACCCAGGACCUCAGGCAUGUGAGGCAAGUGUUUGACCACUGAGCUACACUUCCAGUCCUUAAGUUUUUAUUGAAAACACUUGCGUGAACUUGACCAGAACAUGAUGAGAUCAUGGAUGUCCUUCAGGAGAGCUUACUUAGCAAAUGUGAAGCAGAAUCUGAAAGGAAGAGUCUAGAAGCCCGGGAGACCAGAGGAGGGGGUGUCAUUGACAGGUGUAGGCUAGUCAGGAGCCGGCGUGGUGAUGCAGAACUUAGGUUUCUGUGAGACUGGGGUCACCAGCAGAAGGCCUCUCAGGAAGCUAGAGAGGUGAGUUGGUAGCCUGUUGAGGGCCCGAGAGGAAGGAGUGUGUAGAGAGUGACCAGAGUCCAGAGAAGGGUGAACUGGGCGAGGGGAGAAUUCAGUACCAAGGACAGAGCCUGUGGCCCACCACCAAGGGUAGAGGAGACCUUGAACCAGGCAGAAAGUGGGAAGCCAAAGACCAUGACUGUUUCAGGGAGAGCCCAGUGAGAGAGGUAGGGGUGAGCAGCGUGGAGAAGUGGCCGUUGAACUUGCAAGUCACAUGGUCACUGUGGAAGUCCAGGAGAGCAGGUCAGCAGGCGGAGUCCAGAAAGAGUGGACAGGUGGCGAGCCCCGGGGGCAGCAGGUGUGGGAGACGGGGCUGGUGGCUUCCCCAGGCUUCAGCACUUCCUUCCUCCCUUCCGGCUUUCCUUUAUUUAUCCAGUCAUUAACAGGGUUUCACUGAGGGUUUGGGGUGCUGUUCUGGGCAUUAGGGAUAAGGAUUUAAACAACGUGGAGUCCCUGCUUCCCAAAGGAGAGCUGGGAGAUAGGCCCGCAGUGAGGGCACAGAACAGGGUACUUGUGAGGCCGAGCCCAGGGGACUUGAUUCACAAACGUCGGGGGGCGGGGAUGGCUGUCUCAGGCAAAGGCAGGGACGGGGCCCAGAGCAUGCUGGGUACCAGCACCUCUGCUUCACCCAUGGCCACGUACACUCUGCGAGUGAGAUCCGGGACUGGAGUCACAUGGGAAAAGGCUCUUUGUCCUAGUGGGAUCUUGGUAUCCAGGAGACCAAAGGCAGUGCCUGGAGGUUUCAUACUUUUAAACUUAAUUUUGAAGUAAUAUUGAGCUUAACAUGGUGGAUAGAGUACAGAGGGCUAGGGAGCCCUCUUCCCGGUUCCGCAGUGUGGCUUGUCAGAUGACUGCAGGGCCGUUUCCAAACCAGGGAACUGGUGUUGGUGCAAGCCGUUGCUUAUCAGUUCUCACCAGCUUUUACAUACAUUUGUGUGUGUGCGCGCGCGCAUGCACAUGUGUACGCAAUUGUAUCCCAUGUAUAGGUUCAUAUAAACACCACCACAGUCAAAAUAUGGAGCCAUUUCAUCAUUACAAGAAUCUCUUCCUGGCCUCUAUAUUUGUAUCUCAUCUCUAAUCCAUCCUUAUGCCCCAGAAUGCAUGAAUCUGUUCUCCAUCUCUGGUUUGUCAUUUUGACAAUGCUAUAUAAAUGGAAGUAUGUAGGACUGACUUUUUUUUUAACUAAGCAUAAUGCCCUUGAGAUCCAGAGUUGUUACACUUACCAUUCAUUCCUUUUCAUUGCUGAGUAGUAUUCCACUGUGUGAAUAUACCUCACUUUGUUUAAUGAUUUUCCUGUUGAAGAAUGUAAUGUUUGGGUUGUUUCCAGUAUUUUACCACUAUGAAUAAAGCUGUUGUGAAUGUUCACACAUGGGAUUUGUGUGUGUGUGAAUACACAUCUUUUAUUUCCCUGGGUUAUAUGACAGUGAAAUUAUCAUCAUGUGGUGAUGACAGGUUUAGUCUUUUGAGAAACUUCCAAACUAUUUACAGAGAGGCUACAUCAUUUUAGGUUUCCACCAGCAAUGUCUG